UGCUUUUCCCUCAGUGUCUACGCCGUGCUGUGCUAGGCAACAGCCAUCCAGUCGACAUAUAUUAUCCUCGUUCUGAUAGCAAUCAUACGCCAUCCAUCCAUCAAUUGUUCUGUGUGUUCCAAGCGGCGUCCGAAACUACCAAAAUAUUCGAGAAUACCAAAAACAUGACGGCCACCAUCACACCUCUGCCCCAGGGUUUCCUUGAUGGACCGGCCCCGAAUCUAACCAUAACCAAGGUAGAUUUCGAGGAAGACGGACUGAUAGAAUACAACAAAGAUUACGCAAUAGUUCUAGACGGCGUUCUCUCUCAGGAAGAAUGCGACGCAUUAUUGUCUGUCGCCGAAUCAACUACCAAUGGCACGUGGGAGAGAGCCAUGGUGAACAUAGGAGGAGGAAUGCAGGCUUUGUACGAAGACACUCGAAAAUGCGGUCGCAUCAUAUACGACAGUGAGGAGCUUGCAGAGAAGCUGUGGGCCAGGAUGGCGGCUGCAGUCCCCGAGAUCCAUCGUUUACAUGACUGGGAACGAGUCACUGGUCUGGGUCCUUGGAAACGAAAAGAGACGUGGAAAUUGACACGCUUGAACGAAAGAAUGCGGUUUCUCAAGUACGUGGGAGGCGAGUAUUUUCGAGCUCACUGUGAUGGGUGUUAUGAGACACCUGAUGGCAAGGAGCGUUCAUAUUUCACCCUGCAUUUAUACCUCAACGAUGCUGCGGACCAGCUAGAUGGUGGCGCAACUCUUUUUCACAACUGGUUCAUGAAUAAGGAAACGCGGGUCGAUCCAAAGGCCGGUCGUGUACUGCUGUUUCAGCAUCGUGAUCUCCUCCAUUCCGGUGAGGAUGUUCGGAGUGGUGUAAAAUAUACUGUACGAACAGAUAUCAUGUUUACGAAAGAGGAUGAGGCGGAGAAGGAAUAG